CUCCAAAAUUUCAAGUGUGUUUAAUUAAAUUUUUCUUUUAAUUAUUGUACUUUUUAUAUGGCACAAUGCCCAUGAGAGAACGGAUACGGAACUUGUUCAGAAGGAACAAGCGAAAGCGGGCUGCAUCGGAUUACCUGGAACCCCACGAUGAAGGUGGUGGCAAUGUCCAGGACAACCGGAGUGCAGAAGAAGAUAAGGAGGAGAACAAGGUGGAGAUGCUGCCGCCACCACCGAUGGAGGGUGAGAUGCCCAGCUAUUUCCACGUUGGUCUGCUGGCCAAGAUGUGCCUCAUCCACGGCUACACCAUUGGCCGCUGGAAGCUGCAGUGCACCUCGAAAACCGAAAAGGAUUUCUAUUUGAGCAGCUUCGGCGAGGGUUAUCCAACAUGGAACACUGUCUACGGCGGACUGGAGGCGUACAAGGAGAGUGGAAACUUUCAUGCAUCCCUCGCCUGGUUGUCGGAUGGAGACUUGCUAUCGGAUCUUGGAGUGCAUGGUGAUGGGCUGGGCGGCACAUGGUCCACUGUAUUGAAGUCUAUGGUCAGCUACCCUGAAGGACGCAAGUUUCAAUGCAAGCUGAAGUGUGGAUUCGAUCGCAAUCCUGGCAAAGUGGAAAUGUAUAUUCCCAUCUAUAAGGAACCCUUAUUGAUGGGCUACAUUAUGAUGCAGCCUGUCAAGAAUUACCUCUUGGGCUACCGCACGGUGUUCAAUGUGGAGGAUAGGGACUUCAAUAUGCAUGCUUUUUGCGGAGGAUAUAGUAACGAUGUCACAGAAGUCGGACUGAAAUUUGAGAAUUUCAAGGCGCUGCGAGGAUCAAUAUUCCAGCGCAUUGGUGAAAAGUGGGCAGUGGCUUUGAAGGCCAACCUGUAUGGAAACGUGAGUGCCAAGAGUGUCUCCAUUGGAGGUCAGUACGAGUGGGAACCUGGAAGCAUGCUGAAGGCCAAAGUGCGUGGAGAUUCCCGCAUCGGGCUUAUCUUUCAGAAAAAACUUCGCGAAGACAUCGAAGUUCUGUUCCACGUUGGCUUCGAAGGAAGUGAUCCCAUCAAUGGGAAGCACAAGUUCGGCUCAUCAUGGUACUUCAAUAUGUAGGAUGGCUAGCAAACAUACGUUUGUAUUCAUUUCUAUGUCAUGAUGGGGAGAAACUGAAAAACAAAUCAGAAGUUUAUGUUUCCGGUGUCAGAUCGUUUAAUCAAAAUUUUAAAUUUAUACCUAUUUAUUUUUGCUAUUUUUUUAAAGUAUUUUCAAAAUGACAAAUAUGAAGCAACGGCUGCGCAACUUGUUUCGCCGGAACAAAAUGCGCGCACGGCCCACUACAGUGGCCAGUGAUGCGAAUAAGGAGCAGCCGGAGCCACCUAAGCAGGAGCCAAGCAAACAGAAGAAAACUAAGCAGGAUGCCUCCAAGCAGGAGCCACCUAAGCAGGAAGAGCCCGAAAAGCCACCCAAGGAAGUCGAAGUGGAGAUAAUACCCUCGCCAACGUCAGAGGGCGAAAUGCCCACCUACUUCCAUGUGGGCGCCUUGGCGAAGGAUUGCCUCAUCAAUGGCUUCAAGAUCGGCGCAUGGCAGAUGCACUGCAGCACGCGAACCGAUAAUGACUUCUAUCUGAACACCUUCGGCGAGGGCUAUCCCACCAUGAAGAACGUAUUUGGCGGCAUGGAGGUGUUCAAGGAAGUGGGCAACUACAGCACGUCCCUCGGCUGGUUCACCAACAAUGAUCUUCUCUCGGAGAUCGCUGUGCGCGGCAUGAACUUUGGCAGUCGAUUGUAUGGACUGCUCAAGUCAACAAUUGGCACAAAAGACGAAGUGAGCUUUCAAACGAAGCUGAAGUGCGGGUUGGAGCGCGAUCCCGUGAAGGUGGAACUGGUGGUGCCUCUGUACAACGAACCCCUAUUUCUGGGCUAUGUCCUGGUGGCGCCUGUAGAGAAUUGGGUGCUGGGAUAUCGAACGGAGUACAACUUUGACGAAAAGGGAUUCGAUAAGCACGCCCUGUGCCUGGGCUACAAUAAUGGGAGGACCGAAGUGGGUCUAAAACUCGAGAAUUUCGAGGAUCUUCGAGGCUCGAUCUUCCAAAGGAUCGGCGAAGCCUGGGCCUUUGCCAUCAAGACGAAUCUCUACAGUUCGGAAAAUGUGAAACAGUUUGCCAUUGGGGUUCAGUACGACUUCCAGAAUGGCACCAUGGUGAAGGCCAAGCUGCGGGAGGACUCCAGAAUGGGGUUCGUCUACCAAUCAAAGAUUGGGGAGAACAUCGAUGUUGGCUAUCACUUGGCCUUCGAUGGAGUAGAUCCCAUUGGUGGAGCCCAUAGGAUUGGCGUUUCCUGGGGUUUUCACUGUUGAAAAGAAUGGUUUACUAUGUACUAUGAUUUUACUAUACAUGAUUAAUAUAAAUAAAUAAUUUGUAUAC